UUUGCACUCUCGCAUUAUUCUCCACACACACACAAACACCACGGUUGCAGAGGAACUUUGCAAAGUGUGAAACUUUUUGCACGGAUACCGAGAGGAAAAUAGGAUAAACUUUUAAAAGGACAUCAUCAUACCUUUACGUGAACUAUUUGUGUGCUUCAGGUCAUGUCAUCAAUAAAAGUCGAAUGUGUUAUCAAAGAAAAGAAUGAAGUCGGUGAGAGUCCAGUCUGGGAGGAGAAGGACUCCUCUUUGCUGUACGUUGAUAUCACAGGUCAAAAGGUCAGCCGGUGGAGCUCUCUGACCAAACAAAUAGAGAGUAUUGGCACAGAGAAACUGGUCGGCUGUGUGGUUCCACGGCAGGCUGGGGGUUACGUCAUCGCAGAAGGAACUCGAUUCGCUUUUGUUGACUGGGAAAAGCGGUCAAUUACAGCUGUUGCCGAAGUGAAUGAGAAACCAAACACCCGCUUCAACGAUGGAAAAGUAGAUCCAGCUGGAAGGUUUUUUGCAGGUACCAUGUGUAUGGACAUGAAGCCUGAUGUGGUGGAUGCAGCCCUGUACAACCUUCAACCUGACCACUCUGUCGUCCGCCAUUUUGACCAAGUGCACCUCUCCAAUGGUUUGGACUGGUCUCUGGAUCAUCGAGUCUUCUACUACAUCGACAGUCUGGCAUUUAUGGUGGAGGCCUUUGACUAUGACAUCCAAACUGGAGGGUUAUCUAACCGCAGGACGGUUUACAAGAUGGAGAAAGAUGAAGGCAUACCAGACGGUAUGUGCAUAGACACAGAAGGCAAGCUGUGGGUCGCCUGCUUCAAUGGAGGAAGAGUGUUGCGGAUCGACCCUCAAACAGGCAAGCGUUUGCAAACCGUGAAGCUUCCAGCAGAGAGAAUCACUUCAUGCUGUUUUGGAGGGAAAGACUACAGUGAUCUGUACAUCACCUCAGCAUAUAUAGGCAUGGAUGCUGAAGCACUGGCUAAACAACCUGAGGCUGGUUGCACAUUUAAGGUGACUGGUUUAGGGGUGAAAGGAAUCCCACCAUACUCAUACACUGGAUAAAAACCAGGGGGAAAUGACCAUUUUGCAGUUUUUACGGUUCUAAAACAAU